AUCGGGUCGUUUAAGCAUCGCUAUAUUGUUAGAUCAUGCCGCCUAAAAGAUCCAUCCAAAAGGUGUCUACCAAAACAAAAACACCGACCAAAGCCAAAGGCAAGCCGAAACCGACAUCGGAUGUGAAAAAUAAAGCCAGUAAAAAGGGCAAGGAAAAGGGCGCUAUUCCUGAAUUCGUGAGCGUACCAGAAGUAGACAACGACGAUCUGGCGAUAUCCGACGAUGAUCUCGAAUUCUUUGCCGAUAAUCAAGAUUUUAAACAGUUCCUGACUUCCAUGGAUCCCAAAGAAUUAUCGAGAAACACACAAAAGACCAAGAAAAAAUCACAAAAAAGUAGCGGUCCUGCGCUUAUUCCUGAACCUGAAGCGCUUUCUUCCUCUGAAGACGAACUCGACGAUGAAAUCGAUAAUGACCUGGAUCUGGACAAUGACAGUGAUCUUGACGAUUUGGAAGACAUGGAUGACGAGUUGGAGGCAAUGCACGAGGCAGGUCCAGUGAAGAAGAAAAAACCGGUUGAGGAGUCGGAUGAGGAAAUGGACUACGAGAGAAUACCACGCAAGGUCGCCAGUGAAUGGACACGCAAAGAUCACUUCAACAAACUGCCUAUCAAAUUGUCGGGUGGCAAACUUGUCCAGCUCGAUGAAACUCCCAAGGAAGAUGAAUCUGAAGAUGAAGCAAACGUAGAAACCGAAGAAGUAACUGAAGCUGCGGGUGCAUCGGACGCGGAGGAGGAGGAAGAGGAGCAAGAGCCGGCACCAAAGUUAUCGAAAAAGGCGCACGUCUUGUCCAUGAAGGAAGAACUUGCUACUAUCGCUUCCAAUAUUCAAGAAGAUCCCGAAGCUAAUAUUGGACAACUAAAAUCGCUCCGUAACAUUUUCAAAGACGAGGACCGCACAGUUCAAAAGCUGGCUCUGUUGACACAAUUGGCUGUGUACAAGGAUGUUAUUCCCGGCUACCGUAUCCGUCCUCUUACCGAAAAAGAAGAGGGUGUACAAGUGUCCAAGGAUGUCAAGAAACUGAGAGAAUACGAAAAAACAUUGCUCCGAAACUAUGAAUUAUAUCUUCAGGAUUUGGGCUCUCUUUUGACGAAAAAGAAGACGGAAGAAGACGCAGCGAUGGGUUUGGUCGCCACUCGUUGUUUAUGUGAACUUCUCACCAGCAAAACCCAUUUCAACUUCCGUUUGGAAAUCAUGGUUGCCAUCGUAGCACGUAUGAGCACUGUGCAGUGGAACGAGAUGGCUGAUAUGUGCUGCAAGGCUAUCAUUACGGUGAUGGAAAACGAUGAAUCUGGACGAACAUCGCUAGAUGCUGUAAAGAUGUUGACGCGUAUGAUCAAAUCCAAGGGCUAUGUUGUGCACGAGAAUGUGGUCAACACCUUCUUGCACCUUCGAUUGAAGGAUGAAAUGGUUCCUGUGGCUUACCAGGAGGCCGACACGGUUGGCAAAAAGCGAAAGAAACAAGAGAAACAUUUCUUGACCAAGAAGGCAAGAAAGGCGCUCAAAGAAACCCGGGAGAUCGAAAAAGAGUUCCAGGAAGCGGAAGCCGUCGUCAGCAAAGAAGAAAAGGAUAAAAAUCAUACAGAAACGUUAAAGUUGAUCUUUACUUUCUACUUCCGAGUCCUGAAGAAACAGUCGUCGUCACCGCUGUUACCGGCUGUUUUGGAAGGGUUAGCUCGAUUUGCCCAUCUCAUCAAUAUCGACUUCUUUGACGAUUUGCUCAACGCUCUGAAAGAAGUGAUGCAUACCAUGGAAGAUACAAGUGAAGCCACCCGAGGAGGUGGUGGUACCCGCAAGCGUUUACUGUGUAUCAUUACAGCUUUCCAGCUUCUGUCUGGCCAAGGUGAAGCGAUCAAUUACGAUCUCAAGGAUUUCUAUACAGAGAUUUAUGUGAUUCUCUUCAAAUCGGCUUUCCGCACAAAGUUGGAAGAUAAAAAAGAUGCCAAUAUUGCAUCCGAGAGCGAAUUGCUGCUGAAAGGCUUGGAACAAAUGUUCUUGAGAAAGAGACAGAUUCCUAUUGACCGAUUGGCUGCGUUUGUGAAACGAUUCUGCCUGGUCGCAUUGAAUAUGCCCAGUAAAUCCGUUCAGCAAUGUCUGUCCUUUGUUCAUAAACUUGUUCAGAAGGAUCGCCGUCUUGAUGCCCUUUUACAAUCUGAAGAUCGAGCUGCCAGUGGUAUCUAUCUUCCGCUUUUGAAAGAUCCUGAGUUGUGUAAUCCUUUCGGCACCAGUCUUUAUGAAUUAUUCCUUUUACAGAACCAUUAUGAUCCGACUGUACGCCGGUUGGCUCAAACAAUCCAGCAAUCUUCUUUGUCAUCAUAAAAAUAAACUGCUUUCAUAAUGCAUCUUUCUUAAAACGUUGUAAAUCAAACAGGCUUUCUACAUUACGAUCCCACAGUUGUUUGCCAUUCUGUGACUCCGGAGUUUUUAAACAAAUGACUUGU